AUGGAUGCCAUGUUUGAUAUUUGUUAUCUUACGCCUGAUGGUAAUAAUGUCGAACCAGACGACAUUCCUAAAACAAAAGAAAACGUUUGGAUAUUAGGGAGAAAAUAUAGUGCAAUUCAAGAUUUGGAUCGCAUACGGCGUGAUAUAAGUUCAAUUAUUUGGUGUACUUAUAGAAAAGGGUUUGUCCCUAUAGGAGAUGAAGGGCUAACGUCAGAUAAAGGAUGGGGUUGUAUGUUGCGAUGUGGACAAAUGGUACUUGGAGUAGCAUUGGUUAGAGUUCACUUAUCUACUGACUGGGUAUGGACACCAGAAACAAGGGAUCCAACAUAUCUAAAAAUAGUUCAGAGGUUUGAAGAGAGAAAACAAGCACCAUAUUCAAUACAUCAAGUAGCACUCAUGGGAGCAUGUGAAGGAAAAGAAGUUGGUCAAUGGUUUGGGCCAAACACUAUUGCUCAAGUUCUUAAAAAAUUAGUUGUAUACGAUAAAUGGAGUUCAUUGGUCAUCCAUGUUGCACUAGACAAUACUGUUGUGAAGGAAGAUAUCUUACAGCGAUGCAAUGUGAAGAAUGACAGAGGGGACUCAUCAAACAAUCCUGAUAAUGGCAUAGAGGCAGAUUGGAUGCCUCUUUUGUUAAUAGUACCUCUCAGACUGGGACUGAGUGAAAUAAAUCCAAUAUAUAUAGAUGGGUUGAAGAUAUGUUUCCAAUCACAACAGUCAAUUGGUGUCAUAGGUGGCAAGCCAAACCAGGCUCUUUAUCUUAUUGGCUGUGUAGAAGAUGAAGUGAUCUACUUAGAUCCACACACCACUCAACGGUCAGGUUUGGUUGAAAACAAACUUACAGAUGAACAAAAAGAAAUGGAUUGUACUUAUCAUUGUAAAUUUGCAUCUAGAAUACCAAUGUUGUCUAUGGACCCUUCUGUUGCAGUGUGUUUCUUAUGUAGAACAAGAAACGAUUUCAAUGAGCUAUGCGAAACAAUAGAGAAUAAAUUAAUGAAGGAAAGUCAACCUUUAUUUGAAAUCUGUGAGCAGCGGCCUGCUCAUUGGGGACCUUGCAACAAUGACAUUGAUCUACAAAACACUACACUUUUUACAGAAUUUGAAGAAGUUGACAGACAGUUUGAUGAUUCAGAUAAUGAAUUUGAGAUUCUU